AUGAGUUCAGCAAGUAUGAAGCGUGAAUACUCGUAUGACAAUGCGUAUUUGCGUUCACCGUCGAGUGCUGAACCAAUAUCACAUAAGAAAAAGGCAGGAAGAAAGAAAUUUAAAGAAACUCGGCACCCAGUAUAUAGAGGAGUAAGAGAAAGGAGAAAUGACAAAUGGGUUUGCGAAGUCAGAGAACCAUAUAAGAAAUCAAGAAUUUGGCUCGGAACGUAUCCUACUCCUGAAAUGGCUGCAAGAGCUUACGAUGUUGCUGCAUUAGCCCUUCGAGGCGAAUCCGCUCCCUUAAAUUUUGAAGAUUCUUUGUCCAUCUUACGCGGUGCUAAAUCAUCAGCUGUUGAAGAUAUCCAGUCCGCUGCUUUUGAAGCCGCUCAAAAUUUUCCACUCCCUACUAAUUCUAGACUUCCAUCGAAAAAUUCCUGUAAAAUUGUCGGAAGUUCAUCGAAGGCGACUUUUUUGGAUGAAGAAGCGUUAUUCAAUACGCCGUCACUAAUUGCGAGCAUGGCCGAGGGGAUGUUACUUGAUCCACCACAAGAAGAUUACUAUUACGAUGAUAACUUGGAAUGCAGCGUGGACAGUUUGUGGAGUGACUAA